CGAACAGAGAUGACUGGGUGAGGAGCGCAAAGAACGCUAGAUUAGUGUUUCAGCCCUUGCCAGGUGCUCUGUGCCAUAUUUGCAAAUCUUGCACAAUCGUCUUCGAGCUAUCAGCGUGGGAUUGCUCAGCAAUGUUGAGUCGUUGAAUUCACUUUAAGUGUGAUCAUGCGAUGAAAUCAGCAGGCAAGGUCAACGUUCUUGAGACUUAAGGGCAGGCGAUGCUAAACGAUACGAAAACCCUACUGUGUGGAGCAGAGUCGAAUGAUGCGCACUGAGAUCUGAUAGACCACAAUGCACCGGUUAGAUCGUCAAAGUAAAGACAAGAUCGAGGCGUUCGUUGGUAUCACCAAUGCACACGAAAAGAUGGCCUUGAGAUGCCUUCAGGCUGCAGAUUGGAGCAUAGAGGCAGCUAUAGAGAUCUACUAUCAGUCCGUGCCUCCGGCACCCGCGCAAGUGUCUGUGCCCCAGCGCACAUCUCAGACUGCUCUGCAGCAGCUGUAUCAGCGGUACCAGGACCCCCACUCUGACAUGAUACUGGCAGAAGGUGUCGGCCUCUUCUGCGAGGACCUCCAGGUGAUUCCAGAAGACCCUGUCAUGCUAGUGCUCAGCAGGCAUUUCAGUGCAGCGACGAUGUGCGAGUUCAGCAAGGAUGAGUUCAUCAAGGGCAUGGCCAGCCUGCGGUGUGACAGCAUAAAGAAGCUGCAGCAGAAGCUGCCAGGACUCAGGGCGGAACUUCAAGAUGACAAGAAGUUCAAGGAGAUCUACAACUACACAUACAGCUUUGCUCUGGACAAGGGGAAGAAGUGCAUGCCACAGGACACAGCCAUAAGUUUGUGGCGGCUCCUGUUCUCUGUCAAACCCUGGCCACUGCUCGAUGCCUGGUGUGCAUUCCUGGAGCAGCACCACAACAGAGCAGUCUCAAGGGACACAUGGAUACAGCUGCUAGACUUCUGCAGAGCAGUCAAAGAGGACCUGUCAAAUUUCGAGGAGAGUGGGAGCGCGUGGCCAUACCUUCUUGAUGACUUCGUGGAGUACAUGCGCAACGGAAAGAAGCUUGAGGACCGCUAGAGCAUCUGUGCCGCUUCCUCUAUGUGGCAGCUGCAGAUCCCUAGAAAAGUGCUACUGUGUGGGCCACCAAUAUCAAUGAUUGCUGGUGCAAGUGCUUGAAGAGUACAUCUAGCACUCUGUAGCUGGCCCUGUAGACUUGUAUGCUCUGCCAGAACUACCUAGUAUGCGAUUGGAAAGCGAUUGAAGAUUAGAUCUAGAAUGUUAUUUCAGCCAGUGCUCUUGAAGGACCCAUGAGCAGCCAGAUCUGUAUUGUCUAGACAUGUAUUGUAUGUAUCCCUGAAAUAGGACAGAACU